AUGACUGUUGAGGCAUUUCCGGCGCCGGCGGAAGUUCCGGCGAAGACAACGCUCCCUCCCGGCUUCCGAUUUCACCCGUCAGACGAAGAACUCGUGAGCUAUUACUUGAAGAAGAAGGUUCUGGGGAAACCCUGUUGCGACGCGAUUGUGGAAAUCGACAUUAACAAGCACGAGCCUUGGGAGUUAGCAGAGUAUUCAAAGCUGAGGACAAGGGAGCAAGAAUGCUACUUUUUCAGUGGUAUUAAAGUGAGCCGAAGAACAAGCAAUGGCUACUGGAAAACAACUGGAAAAGACGAGGAAAUCCGCCGAGGAAAUAAACACUUGAUUGGUAUGAGAAAGACUCUUGUUUUCUACUGUGGUCGUGCUCCAUACGGUCUUCGAACCGAUUGGUUGAUCCAUGAGUAUCGCCUCCUUGAUGAUGAUGAACCACAACAGAAUCAAGCCCCUCAGGUGCAGCAAGGUGCGUACGUGCUGUGCAAAUUGUUCCUCAAUAAGCCUAGAGGAAACUGUGAUGCAGCCUUCAUGGAAGAAGAGUUGGAUGGAGAAAAUGUGAGGGUCAUGGCAGAUCAUGUUCCAUUUGUUGUGGAUGCCAAUGUCAUCAACGAGCUUCCGAGAGAGUUUGAGAUUGAUAACGAUCACAUAGCAGAGUAUCCACAUAAUGAUGAUGAGACACUACUGAUGAGAGAAUCCGCAGCAGCAGAAGUGCUUCCUCUUUGUGUCCUCAACAAAGAAGCUCCAUUGCCUCUCAUCCAAUACAAACGCAAACGCAAAAACGAAUCUUUAGGAAACACACUGAAGGAAGAAGCUCUCCCUCUUUGCCUCUUCAACAAAGAAGCUCCAUUGCCUCUCAUUCAAUACAAACGCAAACGCAAAACCACUCAGGACCAUUGUCCUUCCACAACAACAACAGUCGACACAUCCAUUGCUGCCAUGGCCGCGGUGCUGCUGGAUUUCUCCCUCACGGGUUGUUCAAAGGAAGAGAAUCUGCGGACGAAGGAGAACAAAACAGAAUCAGUUGUUACAAUGGGGCCUAAAGCAAGCUCAUACACAAAACCGAUCAAAGAUGUGCAAAAGGAGAAGAAUCACCAGAUAGUUGUGGAGAGAGACAAGUUAAAGCUUGAUUUGAUGAGUGCAGAAAUGAUUAUAAACUUGCUUCAGGGGAGGAUUAAUGCGUUGCGUGAUGAGAACGAGGAGCUGAGAAAGAACAUCAGCAGCAGCAACAACAACCACCCUGGACAAAUGCUCUGA